AUGGAUUCAGAUAGCAACCCAUCUCCCAUUUCGUCCGUAAGCAUUGAUGAAGACUUUUCACGCAACUGUUUCAAUGGAUUUUUCAUGCAAAAGUUGUUAGCUGAGCUUAUAGGCACCUACUUCUUAGUAUUUGCCGGUUGCACUGCAGUGGUGGUGAAUAUGGACAUGAACGAAGUGGUGACACUUCCAGGAAUAGCACUUGUAUUUGGAUUGGUUUUGAUGGUCUUGAUUUACUCUGUUGGCCAUGUAUCUGGUGCACAUUUUAACCCUGCUGUAACCAUUGCUUUAGCCUCCUGCGGAAAGUUCCCAUUGAUGGAGGUACCCGGGUAUAUCUCAGUCCAGAUACUUGGAUCAAUUCUAGCAAGUGCAACAAUUCGACUGUUACUCGAAGGGAACCAGGAUAAGUUUGCGGGAACACUCCCGACUGGGUCAGAUUUGCAGGCUUUCUUGAUAGAAAUCAUAAUUACAUUCCUCUUCUUGUUCGUCAUAUCGAGUCUUACCACUGAUGAUCGAGCUAUUAAACCUCUCGCUGGACUGGCUAUUGGAGCUACCCUUACAGUAAAUGUCAUGGUUGCAGGGCCAAUUUCAGGGGGAUCAGUUAACCCAGCAAGGAGCUUGGGACCAGCAAUUGUUUCAAGCCGCUAUGAGAGGUUAUGGAUAUAUUUAUUAGGCCCCAUAUUAGGUGCCAUGGGAGGUGCUUGGGUAUACAAUCUCAUCAGACUCCAAGCAAAGUUCUCGCGAGAAAACGUCACGAAUCAUUCUCUUUUCUGA